GGCGAGAACUACCGUUCCCAGCAUCCCCCGCGGCCGCGCCCCGCCGCUGGCUGAGGAAGCACCUUCGUCAGGAGGGCCCGGUCACUCCGCCGCGGCCAUGAGCUCGGCCAGGGAGUCCCACGGCCACCACAGCCUCAAGCGAGCGGCCACCCCCGAUGGCUCCAACAGCUGGGAGACGGCGGAUCUGGGCAACGAGGAGCGCAAGCAGAAGUUCCUGCGGCUGAUGGGCGCUGGCAAGAAAGAACAUACUGGCCGCCUUGUUAUUGGAGACCACAGAUCAACUUCUCACUUCAGGACAGGGGAAGAAGACAAGAAAAUGAAUGAAGAACUGGAAUCUCAGUACCAACAAAGCAUGGACAGCACGAUGUCUGGACGAAACCGGCGCCAUUGUGGACUCGGUUUCAGUGAGUUUCAGGAGAGUGAAGAACAAGAAGAGGUAGGUGGACACUCCUCUGAAGAGAGUUCAGAGGACUCCGAAAGUGGCUCUGAGUCAGAGCAAGAGGAGUCUGCAGAGGAGACACAAGCUGCUGAAAAACAUGAUGAAGCUGAAGUUCCAGAAAACAAAAAAGAAGCUAAAAGUAACUAUAAAAUGAUGUUUGUUAAAGCCAGUGGUUCAUAACUGCAGAUGUAACAGCUUUGUAUUUGCAGUACAGUAAGCCUUAUUGUUACAGUGCAAAGUGGAGGACUGCUACAGCACAAAUCUUUGUAUUAUGAUUUUAAAAAGACCCUGUUAGAUGACAAAAAGUAGUGUUUGCUUUCUGUUGCCAUGGAUAACAUUUUUAUGGGCACAGUGAUAUUACUGGUUUUUGUAAAGUGUAUAAAAUAAUGGAUGGAGAAAUAAAUUCUUUUUGUUCCUGCCCAAUCUCUAUGAUGUUAUCUAAACUCUUCCCUUAUUCUAUGCCAGAUAAGGAACUUCAUGUUAGUGGUUUCUUUUGUUAGUAUCCCAGUCUUGAAUUUUUAACUAUUAAGAUUACAUGUGAAUUACUGGAUGUUGCAUUAGUUGUAAAAUACCAAUAGCAGCACUAUUCUGUGAUGUACUAGAGCUUUAAACAAUGAUUUUGUCUGUAGGCGCUAGUGUUGACAGGGCUAAGAGGAGAAAUCACUCACUUUUGUGACCGUAUUAAUCACUGUAUCCAUCUGAAGUCCUACAGCAGUUGCAUGGGAGAAGAUACUUUAGAAACACAUAAUGCAACAAGAGGCUCUAAUUGCUUCUUUGGCUUUAUAAUGUCAAGGAUAAGCUGUAGUUCUAUCUUUCAGUAGAAAAGAGUGAUUUUUGAAUUACUGGCUCAUGGUUAUAGCACUGAGCUGUUAUUAAAAAUAACUCCUCCCGAAGAAACCAGUUUACUUUGAAAGAGAAAAUAUACUUUGAUAAUGAAAAGAAUAUACAAAUAAUUUAGCUUUUUUAAAUAUAGAAUACAGAGUUCAGUGUACAGAAGUACACAAGCCCUUCUUCCUUUUCUCCUCACACACAAAUCACUUGGAGGUCUAAGUUAUCACAAAAAGGUACCUCUCAAGUAAAUUUGAUAGGCUUAAAGAGGCAGGAGUUACAGUAACUCCUUCCAGCAAGAAUUCAACACAUGCAUUCCUCAGCAAACUUAUAGUUUGUGGUAUUCAGAGAUAAUUAAUAAAAUGUCAGAACUUCACAGAUUUAGUUUCCUUGCUAGGAGAACAGAACAUCUGAGCCACACCUAUAGUACAGCCUUAUUCUGCCACAACAGCAUUGCAAGAAGCACUUCAGACGCUCAUGGAGAAUCUUCCAUUUCUGUAUACAAUUUAUGACAUGCAGACAACAUUUGCGAGCCAGUUGGCUUACGUGAAAGCAGUGUGUAAUAUCAUUGUAUAGGUUUACUGAACGUAAAUAUCGCAGCAUCAGUUAUUGGGGGAGGACUUGGAUUAUGAAAUAAAUAAAAUAAUAUGAUUGUAAAUAAAAA